GGAACGCAGCUGGACGGAAGCUGGGCACCGCCUUCCAGCACCCCUGCCUGGCCAAGGGGAGACCUUAGCCCACAGGGCCACCGCCUCAGCAGGACAGCCCCCACCCUGCAACCCCUGUGCCCCGAGCAUGGACAGGGCACAGCUCUAGGCUCUGGCAGCUCCUGCAGAGGGAGGACCAGCAGCAAACACAGACAGGUGGACGGGGAGUCGCACACACAGCACGGAGCAGGACUUGGUAAUGGUGGCCCCAGCGGCAUGAGCCCAGGCGUAACCAGAACAGGACAAGAGAUGAGUAACGUCUCAGGGAUCCUGGAGGCAGCCGGCGUCCCCCUGGUGUCAGCGACCUGGCCGCAGCCCAGCCCCCCACCGGCCGUGCCAGCCGGGCCGCAGAUGGACCACGUGGGGAACGGCUCCCAGGGGGCCCCCUGGCUCUUCCUCACCUCCGCGCUGGCCCGAGGCGUCUCGGGGAUGUUUGUGUGGACUGCCCUGGUGCUCACCUGCCACCAGAUCUACCUGCACCUGCGCUCCUACACCGUGCCACAGGAGCAGCGUUACAUCAUCCGCCUGCUCCUCAUCGUGCCCAUCUAUGCCUUUGACUCCUGGCUCAGCCUCCUCCUCCUGGGAGACCACCAGUACUACGUCUACUUUGACUCUGUACGGGACUGCUACGAAGCCUUUGUCAUUUACAGCUUCCUGAGCCUGUGUUUCCAGUACCUGGGAGGCGAGGGCGCCAUCAUGGCUGAGAUUCGUGGCAAGCCCAUCAAGUCCAGCUGCUUCUACGGCACCUGCUGCCUCCGGGGCAUGACCUACUCCAUCGGGUUCCUGCGCUUCUGCAAGCAGGCCACUCUGCAGUUCUGCCUGGUGAAGCCUGUCAUGGCCGUCACCACCAUCAUCCUCCAGGCAUUCGGCAAAUACCACGACGGGGACUUCAAUGUCCGCAGCGGCUACCUCUAUGUGACCCUCAUCUACAACGCCUCUGUCAGCCUCGCCCUCUAUGCCCUGUUCCUCUUCUACUUCACCACCAGGGAGCUCCUGCGGCCCUUCCAGCCCGUCCUCAAGUUCCUCACCAUCAAAGCCGUCAUCUUCCUGUCGUUCUGGCAAGGGCUGCUGCUGGCGGUCCUGGAGCGGUGCGGGGUCAUCCCAGAGGUGGAGACCAGCGGCGGGAACAGGCUGGGGGCCGGCACGCUGGCCGCUGGCUACCAGAACUUCAUCAUCUGCGUGGAGAUGCUGUUCGCCUCCGUGGCCCUGCGCUAUGCCUUCCCCUGCCAGGUGUACGCAGAGAAGGAGAACUCACCAGCCCCCCCGGCACCCAUGCAGAGCAUCUCCAGCGGCAUCAGGGAGACAGUGAGCCCCCAGGACAUCGUGCAGGACGCCAUCCACAACUUCUCCCCCGCCUACCAGCACUACACGCAGCAGGCCACCCACGAGGCGCCCAGGCCUGGCACCCACCCCGGCGGCGGCCCUGGCGGGAGCAGGAAGAGCCGGAGCCUGGAGAAGCGGAUGCUGAUCCCCUCGGAGGACCUGUAGUGGGGCCUGGGCCGCCGGUGCUGUAGGGACCCAGGCUGCCCAGGCCUCUGGGGAAGAACAGGGCCCCCCACCCACCAACUCCUGCCAAAGGUGGGGCCUCUCCUGAGAGCCCUCCUGUGAGGCCCUUGGAGCCCACUUCCCAUCCUCCCUCCAGCCCGGGGGUCAGGGCACCUCAUGGCCCUGCCAGGCACCCAGGUGGGCCCGCCACCCCAGGAGAGGGCACCUGAGUCCAUCGGAAGAGCCUGGGGACCCUCUGGGAUCACCUGGCCAUCAGCCCCAGGGGCCAUUGUGGGGCGGAGAGUGAGUGUGGCUGUGGGACCUUGGCUGCACGGCCCCACAGGGGCUGUGAGUGGGUCAGACUCCCUGGCCCAGGAGACAGACAGCAGACGGACCCCAGGCUGGGCAGCUGGAGGGAGGGGCGCCGGGGCGCUGGGCAGCCGGGCUCUGACACAGUCCACAGCUCCAGGCACCGCAGGCCAGCGGGCUCCACACAGGCUGGACAGGGCUGGGCCUCCUCGGAGCCUGCUGCAGCCAUUGUGGGCACGUGGAGAAGGGCCCACGUGUCUCCACACGCCAGCCACAGGGGAGCCCUGGCCAGGCGCCCACCCAGGGGAGCGUGUGCCUGGGAUGGGUCGCGGAACCACCAAGUGCCCGUGAGGCUUGCCAGCACCACGGGGCUGUGGAAAUCGCUCUUAUUUAUAUUUAAACACCUUGGAUUUUCUA